AGAGCAGAGACGGGAAUGCGCAAGUGGGAUUCCGGGCUUCCGCCCUUCGCGGGUCCGCAGCCGGGAGGCUUCAGCGCUGUUUCCAUCGUCCGUACCAGCCCCUCUGUCCCCGCUGCUCCUUCGACAUCCCCCGAGCCGUGCCCGGUUCCCAGCGGCCCUCCAGACUCCCCGUCCCCCCGCGGCAGACUCCCAGCCCGGGGUACCCUGCAUCCCACGGACGCAGAACCUGGCCCGGGAUGGACAGGGAGACGCGCGUGGUCGCCGAGAGCCACUUCAGAGGCUUCGAGGGGCGUCUCCCCGGCAGGGUUUGUCCAAAACUGGACCGCGUGGACUUCAUCGAGAAGCCGGACUCCUUUUCCUACGCCGACUUUUUCAAGGGCUACCUGCUCCCCAACUUGCCCUGUGUUUUUUCCAGCGCCUUCACCGAGGACUGGGGCAGCAGGAGGCUCUGGGUGACACCCAGCGGAAAGCCCAACUUCGAUUAUCUGCUUCAGAACUAUGGAGACGUGGUUGUACCUGUUGCAAACUGUGGGGUCCAGGAAUACAACUCCAACCCCAAAGAACACAUGCCCCUCAGAGACUACAUCAGCUACUGGAAAGAGUACAUUCAGGGAAACUACUCUUCACGGGGCUGUUUAUAUCUCAAAGACUGGCAUCUGUGCAGGGACUUCUCGGCAGAAGGCGUGUUCACCCUGCCCAUAUACUUCUCAUCUGACUGGCUCAACGAGUACUGGGAUGCCCUAGACGUGGAUGACUACCGCUUCGUUUACAUGGGGCCCACCGGCACUUGGUCGCCGUUCCAUGCCGACAUUUUCCGCUCCUUCAGCUGGUCCGUCAACAUCUGCGGGAGGAAAAAGUGGUUCUUCUUCCCACCAGGGCAAGAAGAAGCCCUGCGGGAUUGCCAUGGUGGCCUACCCUACGACGUGACCUCCCCCACCCUCCUGGAUAGCCGCCUGCACCCCAUGCGAGAUCGCUGUGGCCCGCCACUGGAGGUCACACAGGAGGCAGGCGAGAUGGUAUUUGUGCCCAGUGGGUGGCACCACCAAGUCCACAACCUGGAGGACACCAUCUCCAUCAACCACAACUGGGUCAACGGCUGUAACCUGGCCAAUAUGUGGCACUUCCUGCAGCAGGAGCUCAGUGCCGUGCAGCAAGAGGUCAUUGAGUGGAGGGACACCAUGCCUGACUGGCAUCACCACUGCCAGGUCAUCAUGAAGUCCUGCUCUGGGAUUAAUUUCGAAGAAUUUUAUCACUUCCUGAAGAUCAUUGCUGAAAGGAGGCUUCUCCUCCUCGCGAAGGGGAUGAGCCCUGGCCAGGUAGAGGGUGGCGAGGACACUGGGUUGGGCCCCCAGCAGGCCGCAUUUGACAUUGGCCGCAUAGCUGAGGUGCUGGAGUCCGUGGUGGUCCACCCUGACUUCCAGAGGGUGGAUACUAGUACAUUCUCACCACAGCCAGAGGUACUACUGCGGCAGCUGGAAGAGGCUGUAGCUGCCACCACGUGCCUUUAGUGCAUGCUCUGAGGACUGGGUGAAGCACGUCUUUGGGGGAUGCUGGAGGCACCAGUGCGGAAGGCGGUUAGCCUGCUCCAGGAUCCCUUCUGGAAAUAAAGCUCUGCCCUCCUGUGUGGCCUGGGAUCUGUCACCUCCCCGUUGAACUGUCACUUCAGUGUCCCAGGCAGAGUUCCUGCUCUUAGGGGUCUGGUGUGUCCUGGCUCUCUUUUGGCAUCCCUGGGGCCCUGACGCCUGUCCACAAGGUCCAGGCUCCUUGUCCUUGUGAGGCUCAGCCAGGACUGGGAACUGGAUCUUGUGAGGGAGUGCAUGGGGAAGUAUUGGUCAUUUGGACCCAGAGCAAGGAGGUUAGGAAUGUGCUGGGGACUGAGGGGUGGGGGUGGCAUAUGGCCAGGUUUUCUUCCCCCCACCAGCCUUCCCUCAGCAAAGGCUAGCACCCAUGCUGACAGCCUCCCACCCUCAGCAGUGCAGGGCCCCCUCUGCAGUAGCACCACAUCCCUGCAUGAGUCCACAGAUCUCCCACUAGAAGAGGGCCCUCAGUGUAGGGCAAAGACUGGGGCCCAAGGCAGACCCAAGGCCUGUGUCUCCGUCCCACAUUGGAAUCACUGUUUAGAGCAUCCCUUCCCUCUUCUGGCCUGUGACCCUCUUCUCCCCAGCAGGAUCCUGAGAUGUCUGCUAGUCAGAGCUCCAGGCCUCAUGUGCUAUCCUUCCUGCAGGUCUCCCAGAUGUCAUAGGUACAUCGUUCGGGUGCUCUUUGGGCCCUGGCAAUAGGGCAAGGCAAAGUCUGUCCCCCUCCUGCUUGCUACAGCAGUACCUUUCCCCUGCAGAGACUGAGCCUACCCUUGCAGCUGCACACCCAGUGAGGGAGAAUGCCUUGUCUGAGGUCUCCCUGCAGGCCAGGUAGGACCCAAAGGCCAGCUGGAACCUGGGUCUCCAUCCAACUUCAACUUGUUGCACACCCACUAUUGGCCAUCUAAAGUCACUUUGCAAACUGAGUGAGCAACCACUCUUUGUGCACUCAUUCUGCCCUGUCCAGAAUUUAUCAUUGCACUCUUUUCACAUGUGCCUGUACCAUCCAGUUUCCACUUGUUGCACACCUAUAUUAUAUGCAGUAGUCACAGUUUCAGGAUUCUCCAGAGAAAUGGAACCAGGGCUGGUGAGUGAAAUCUGCAUGAUAGGCUGCAGACCCAGGGAAGAGCUGACACUGCAGUCUUGAGUCUAGAGGCUGGGAACUCAGGCAGGGCUUCUGUGAUCCAAUCUAGAGGCAGAAUUUUGGGAAACCAAGGUCCUUUGCUGUUAAGAUCUUAAACUGAUUUAAUGAGGUCUGCCCACAUUUUGGAGGGUCAUGUGCUUGAAAUCUCUUGAGUUGAAUGUUAACCACAUUUUAAAAAUGCCUUCACAGCAACAUCCAGACACUGGCAUUUAGCCAAGUAACUGCACCAUGGCCUAACCACACUGGCACAUAAAACGGACCACUGUAAUCACUCCUCAUAUAUUCACAGUCACUCUGCUUCAUCCAGUGCCCAGUUCUUACAUGCCCAUCCAGACUCACCAGUACCUCCUGGCACACUCACUAUGUAAUUAAAGAGCCAGUGACUCAUUUCCAGGUCACUUUGCACAUCUAUUUGCCAUCUGGAGUCACUGCAUACUCCACGUGCAGUUCACCAGUCUAUGCACAUGCGUCCCACUUUCACUCCAGCACACUCUUGUAACAUUAACAACCGCUCCUCCCAUGCUCACCAUCAAAUUUUUCUAUUCUCACACACUACUGUGUGCGUCCACAAAAUUAUUGCACACACAUUGUGCAAGACUGCACACACACUGGGGCCAGGUUAUCAACUUCCCCUCAUGCCCCUCACUCUUCCAGCUUCCCCUCCUACACAGCCAUUGUGUGCCAUCUAACAAUGCUUGCACACUCACUGCAAAACAACUACUGUGCACAUUUCUGUGAAUGUAUUAAGUCUUUCCUUGCACAUUAAUUCUGCACCAUCCAGAUUCAUCAAUAAUCAACUCCGUUACGGUCAUUAUAUAUAGUUCAACCAUCAGACAUAGAAUGAGCUCUCUUGCUCAUCCUGUGUCUUGCACUCCCACUUGCAUUCAGCAGUCACUUGCACAAAUCCUUUAGGGCCUGCCAGAGGUGAGCCCUAAUGUGUGUCUGAGUGACAGAACCAUCAGAAAGGAAAAGGUAACUCAGAAUUGCCCCACAAUUCAUCUGUUUCUUGCCUUUAAAGCCUAUAUAUUCAGAGGAGGGUAUUGAAAAUCCGUGACAGUGUAGUCUGAAGGCUGUGUAGGGUCCCAGUGGCUCCUUUACUGUGCCUGACAUUAACCCUUUAGUUUCCAGUCCUAGGAGAAGCCUCAGGAGGGGACUCAGGUGAGGGCAGGGCAAUGUGUGUUUCCCAUCCAGGUUGGAAGCAGUCUAGUGUUUAAUUGGUAGAGCUGUGUCUGCGCUGUCCAUGGAUUGUUGGUCCUGGUGGUAUACCUCCUCCCUGCCUAUCAGGCUGCAUCUUUGAGCCCUUCCUACAGGAAAGGUUGACAUCUCCAUGAUAUAACCAAGCCCCAGGCAGAGAAGAGCAGCCGUUAAUGUGCCUGAUAUGGGACUGGAAACCAUCUAGGACGUUUCUGCGUUAAAAGUUUGCAGGGCACUGCAGGGAUGCUGGGAAUCCUUGUACACAGGCAGCAGGAGUGCUGGUAGAAUGACAUCACAGAUCUUUCCCUGGAAAAGAAAUAAGCAGGGAAAGGAAUCCUGAGGUCAGAGGAGUAUUCCAAUUUAUGUGAAAUACUGACCUUGGGAAAGUGGGGUGAUGGAAAAUCUUGCCUGCCCUCAGUUUGUUUGCUAAUAACCUUCCUCUGCCUUUUUGAAAUACUGACCUUGGGAAAGUGAGGUGAUGGAAAAUCUUGCCUACCCUCAGUUUGCUAAUAACCUUCCUCUGCCUUUUUCUUUUCCAUGUUGUAUGUUUUCUCUUUUUCACAAGUUUCUCCACUUAGGGCUUACAGAAUUGCAGAGUUUGACCAACAGUUUCCUAAUUGGUGGUCAAAAGAUACCUCAAUAACAGAAGCAGAAAGCUCUCCCUCCAUAGUGUAGAAAUCAGCCAUUGUCCUGGGGUAGGAAGUGAUCCUGGCAAGAGUUAACUUUCAAAGAUGCCCACAUUUCAGUGGUUGUUGGUAUGCCUGUGAAAAUACCCUCAGCUUCCAAAUUUCCCAAGUUCUGAGGGGCUUUCUCAGCUCCUUGUUCAGUUUAAUGAUACUGAAACAAACAUCUCUGUGAAAGAUGGAUGUGGACAUGUCCUUCAGAGAAGGAUAACUGUUGCUUCUUCUUCCACAUACA